AUUCCACGUGCCUGAAGUGAAAUAAUGAUUCAAGGGAAAACAAAAUUAGCGCCUCGCAUGUAAACUCAAAAUUCAGAUACAUACCUACCUACUUACUCUUCGUUUUGUGUUUACUGUUUCUGUUUCAAAGCAAUAUAUAGCUUCACUCACUCCAAGGACAUUCUUAUUCAAUAAUUCAACGAUAAGAUGAAAAUUGAGAAAAUAAAUUUUUUCCACAACUCGAAGAAUGUGUAUUAUGUACAUCGCCCGCCCGAUUUAGAGUAACUAGUUUUCAGGUAGUUGUGGUCUUUACAAAACCGGUUAGCAGGGCAAGGGUGCAGGGGUGUUAUCACUCAGUGAUAAACAGGGAUGAAAAAUCAUUUCGUCUCUAGUAUCAGCUAAUAAUAUUCAUUACCUGUAAUUUAAACUCAACUGAAAAUCAAAAAUGGAUAUUCGAAAGUACCUUUGCGAAUGGAAACUAAGCGAUGAUUUUAUCGAACGAAUCGAAACUUUUGCCAUUUGGAUUGACAAUGAUGAGAAUAGUAAUGUCCUCUUCGUCACGAAAAACCGUGAAGUUUAUGCUGCUGAAAAGUUUACCGAGUUCUGCGAAAAAGAUUCAUCAUCAUUAGUGGACUCCAAGGAAAAAACCAUGGCGAAAACAGAAUUUUAUGAACCGGUGAAACUUUCUCCGUUAUGUGGCAUACGAAUUAAAAAGUUUGUGUUCGGGGAAAAGCUGAUUUUCUUUUGCACUGAGGAAGGCGAAGUUUUUGUUUAUGGGUAUUGUUACAACGGAGUGGAACAUGGUUUUGUUUCUGUUCCACCUCAGAAAGUAUCUGAACUGCAGGACUUGAGUGUGGUAGAUAUCGCCGUUGGAUCAUGGUCCACACAUGUAGCUUUAUGUGAUGAUGGAAAGCUUUAUGUAUGCGAUUUUGACAAGAAGUCCAAGUAUCUGAUCGACCACAGCGUGGCGAAAGCAAAACCAUUGAAUGUACUCUACAUGAGGGGUAAUUCUUGUAUUUCAUUAUUGGAGGAUGGAAUGGUGGUGAAGAUAAAAAUAGAUACGAGUAUUACUAACAGUGCAGGAGAGAACUGUCGCUGCGAAGUAAUGAAUUUUGAAAAAGCUACCAAUCCUGGUAAAAUUGUUAAAUUGAUCGAGGGAUAUUUCUGCACGUUUGCUCUGGAUGAGUACGGUUGUUUAUUUGUGCACCGAGGAAUGGACUACGCUGACCAUGAACGUUGGCUGCUUUGGGAAUACUCCAAACACAAUUCAGUCAUUGCCGAAAAAAUUGUUGACAUUGCUGCGAGUCGUUUUUGUUCUUUUACAGCCGUGUUGACUGAAAGUGGCAAAGUAUACAUGUGGGGUGAAGGUCGAGGAGGGACUAUUUCCACAGCUCGGCUUACACCGUUUGAAUCGCUUCAUGAAGUUUUUCAUCAUUAUUCGCGUUCAUUGGUCACUUACAAACCAAUAAAUGUUGACGAAUUACCAGCUUUAACUUCCAAAUCAAUGAAAAAAGUCGACCUUACUGCCCAGAAUUCAUUACUUGAUUCGUUCAAGAAAGCCUUCGAUGAUCCGAAAUUCUGCGACUUAUUUGUUGUGGUGGAAGGUAAAACAAUUCCGGUCCAUAAAUCAGUAUUAGCUGUACGAUGUGAACAUUUCGCUGAAGUAUUUCAGAAUGAUUGGUCGAUUGAGAAACAGAGCGUCCUAGAAAUUGAAGAUGGUGAUUUCAAAGUGUACAAAGCUUUCCUCAAAUACGUAUACACAGAUCAAAUGGAUGAUGCGUUAUCCUUCGACGAACUUAUUGAAUUACUCAACUUGGCGAACAAAUAUAACGUGAAAUCGUUAGCCGAGCGUUGCGUAUCGCUGGUACAGCCGAAUAUUACCGUCGGAAAUGCUGUAUCGUUGUAUGAACGUGUUGUUGUGAUGAGCGACACCGGAAUGAAAGAUAUUCUCGAUCAGUUGAAGGAAUCCUGUGUGAAGUUCUGUGGGAAUAAUUUUUUUGCGAUCGCAGUGUCAGACGAAUUUGCCAAAUUAAAUGCAGAAAUGUCGAAAGAAUUAGUCGUAGAAGUUGGCAAACAUAAAAGUAAAGAAUAAAAUGUAUCAGUAAAGCGAAAUAAGGUGCUCUUUCAUACUUGCAUUGCAUAUCAUGUGAUUUACAUAAGACUUGUACUAGGUACCUAUACUUAUCCAUUGUUUAUUUGACUGACUUUUUUGUGAUUUAGGUAAUUUUAUACUUUUCAUGUUUCUCUUACUUAUGAUAAAGAUUGAUUUUUUAAUGAAA